CGGGCGGCAGCCGGAAAGGGCAGGGCAGGGCGGCUCGGCUCGGCUCGGAGGGGCCCGGCAGCGGCGGUGGCGGCGGCGGAGCCGUUGCCGUGGCGCCGGGUGCGUGUGAGGGGGGAGCGGAGAUGGCGGACGAGACGCUGUUCCUGCUGCUGCACAGCGAGAUGGUGGCGGGGCUGUACCGUGCCGCCGAGCAGGGCGAAGGGGAGAACGGGCGCUGCACCACCAAGCUGGAGAGCAUGGGCUUCCGCGUCGGGCAGGGGCUGAUCGAGAGGUUUACAAAAGAUACUGCCAGAUUCAAAGAUGAAUUAGAUAUUAUGAAGUUCAUUUGCAAAGAUUUUUGGACAACUGUAUUCAAAAAACAAAUAGAUAACCUCAGGACCAAUCAUCAGGGUAUUUAUGUCCUUCAGGAUAAUAAAUUUCGACUCCUGACACAAAUGUCUGCAGGAAAGCAGUAUUUAGAACACGCACCAAAGUUUUUAGCAUUUACCUGUGGACUAAUCAGAGGCGGCCUAUCGAAUUUGGGAAUAAAGAGUAUUGUAACAGCUGAAGUUUCAUCAAUGCCUGCAUGUAAAUUCCAGGUGAUGAUACAGAAGAUGUAGGGCACAUUCAAAUCUGGGUAUCUACUUUAAAAAUCCUUUGUCUGUGGUUUUGGUAUCUUGGUUCAGCUUUGUACAUAGCUUGUAAAUUAUAGCAAUGUGCAGGAGAAUUCCCAAGUAUAUAAUAAAUGUUCAUCAAAAUAAUUUAAUGCUAUCCUCGUAUCUUGGUAUGAAAUCGAUUUUAUACCAAGGUAUUAAUGUCUAUCUGGGUAAAAACUGUCUACUCAAAAGUUUUCAACAAAAGAUUUCUGUUACCAGAACAGACCAUGGGCACGUUUUAAGAACUGAGUAAGAAAAACAAUCAAGACCCAAUUGGAAAAAGAAACUGUGUUUUGUGUCACCUUACAUGAAUGCCAAACUGCUGCCUUUGCACGUGCACUCCUAACUGUGAGGCAGUGAUUGCUUUUUUAUUAUUAUUCUGAGGAAGCAGUUAUUGCUACAGCCUUCAUUAAUGGUGCUCAAUGGAGGAUUAGUUCUUUUAUAGGACUUCCAUAGGGCAGUAGGAAAGAACACUUAUUUCAACAAAAAUAACAGCAUAUCCCCCCUACCUAAAAAUCUGUUUUUUGCAUCAGAACUUUACAGACAAGGUCAUCUACUACUCAGCAAAGACGGCAAUUUGUUUUAGCCUGUUGUGCCUAAAUUCAAUAUUAACAUAAUUGUUUUUAAUUGCUAGCUACAACUCACUUCUGUAAUGAGUGUGUACAGGAAGAUGAUUAGGCCUGCAAGAAGCUGUAAAGACAUCACCAAGACUCUUGAGGAUAUUGGGGUUUGCUAGAUACUACUUGUUACAAGAUUUGUAUAACAAUACGUGUCUUGCUGUAGGUAAGCAUGAAAACAUCUUGUUUAAACUUUUUAAUGAAUUUUGCUGUAAGGCUUUUCUGCUGGCAGGGUCAGGACUUAUACUUUCAGAAAUGUGAGAAUGCCUCAUGAUACUGAAUCAGUUUCUGCUUUGAGACCAGUAACUAACAGGAUAGUUAUAAAAUAAUAUAUUUGAACAACACUUUUGUCUGUUUUAACUACCUUCUGUGUUGGAAUAAGUGUAUGUUGUCCAAUUGCAUGGUUGGGCAGGAACAGUGGAAGCUGUUCUUCCUUAAUCUCUAAGGGAGGUCUGAAGUUUAUAAUGAAUUGAUCUUUUUCCAGAUAGCUGUUACAAGCUGUGUAUUAUAAACAUGAUAAUCAGGGGCUUAUUAUACUUGAGCUUAAUAUGUGACCAAGUUCUGAUCUUUUCAUGUACUGUGAAUGCUAGUUCAGAAUAGUUAUAACUGAAAAAUUUGACAGUUUGGAAACAUCUGAAGGAGAACUCAGUCUGUCCCACUGUUUAUAGACCUAGCAAAGAUAAGAGUAACCAGGGAUCAGCCGUGUGAAAAUACGGGGCUCUUAUAGGGGUAGUUUACAGGAAGGCUGUGGUUGUUGUCCACCUGAAUGUUGUCCACAUUCAGAUUUGUUUGAAAUUAUAAGGCUUGAAAAUUAGCUAAUUCUUGCUGAGUGCAUUUAAUGGGUUCUUCAGUUGCCAACUCACCCUGCUUUUAACAUGCUACAACUAUUACUAAAGGGACUAACUUGCUACUGUGCCUAAUAGAUGGACACUUCAAAGGCCCAUUUUAGGCCUAUGCAACAUGGUAGAUAUUCAGUAUCAACACACAGAAUCAUUUUGUAAUUUGCUUCUCCAGAAUUAAAACUCCUAUAGUUGCUAUUAAUGCACUUUAAUUUUUCACUUGAUAGUUGAGAUUACUGUGAACAAUGCCAAUAAUUUCAAGAUGCAUUAAAGGUUUAUCAAUAACAUGUUGUGCUUAAUGAGAUCUGUCUUUUUUAAAUAGUCAGGGACUUAAUUGACAUCUGCUUCCUGUAUAUUGUGAAAUUCAAUUCUGUAUAGUGUCUGCUGUUACUAGCAGAAUUCAGAGUUCUUUUACCUUGGAUUUUACCAGAAGCAGAUGCUGAUAUUCUUGGCAAAUCACUCCAUGUUAAGUAUAUAUGAAGUCAAGUCAAAAUGGUGAGCUAAUAUGUUUGUCAAGAUACUAGACAGAAAAUAAAUUUGUUCCUUCUGUUUAAUAAAUGCUUCUAUUAAAGAGCACUGAAUACAA